AGUUUCUUGAUAUAAUAUGUUUGAUGUAACAUUAGAUUAUCAUUGUCUAAGCAAAUAUUUACAGGCACAAAUACUGUAAUCUACCCAUUCCUCUUGCUUAAAUAACAUCAGAAAGGCUUUUAUUCAAUUAAUCUAUUUUGUCUUCAAACCCAAAUGUUUUUCAUGUUUUCAUGUUUUUUUUUGCUUUAAAGACAGAGCGUCCGGUAUUGAGAUGGAUAUUGGAACAAGUUUGUACAAAUGUAAACAAAUAUGGCACGUGGACGAGGUAGAAGUAGUCGAUCAAAAAGUCGCAAGCCUGGGAAAAAUAUCAAACUAUCUUCUAGAAAACGAAACAAAAAGAUUCCGGUCACCAGUGUGAAUAAAAAUCAGCGGGACAUCACUCACCGUGCUCAACGUGAAAACAGUAAGAGAUGCAAUGUGGAAAAUGAAGGUUAUAAUAAAAGAUACAAAAUUACACGCGAAGAUUCUAGUGAGGAAGAGAGUUUUGAAGCACAAGAUGACUUGAAACAGUUGCUGUCAACGUUUGAUGUUGUUGGAAACACAAAAAAAGUAGUCGAAAGUGAUGAGUCGGAAGAAUCGGAAAAUGAAGGAUUUUUUGAUACUGAUGAUAAUGCUGAUAAAAGUGGAGAAAACCAGGGGAAGAAUCUUACAGACCCUGAAAAUGAUGAAGAUGAACCUGAUGACCUGCAUGAUGUAGCAUUGCCGGAAGAUCCGGACGACAUGCUGGACCCGUUCACCUGUCACCUGCAGCACGAGUUGAGCCCGGAACUCCUGCAGGCGGUCUCUGCGAGCCCUCCGGUGAUGUCGAGCCAUCAGGAACACUGGCCGUGCAUCGGCCAGCUGGUCGUCCAGCUGCCGGUGGUCGAGACAGUCGAUCGCAGUGUGCCUGGCAACACACCGACUUCAACCAAGCUGUCGGUGGAAGAAGAGAGAGUGUACACCAAGCCCGGGACUGUUCCUAAAAGAGUAGAGAACGUGGACUGGACGAAGCUGUUUGUAAGGUCUCAGAUACGAAACAACAUCACCAAGGCAAACUUCCUGAACCUGAAGGACGUGGAGGGACUCGGGCCGAGUCCUCUGACUGCGUUGCAAAAGGAGUUGUUCUCGAUUGUGAAUAGCUACCAGGACCUGUACUUCCAGGACAGGACGCUGAGGAACGGUGAGGAGGUGAGGUUCGUGUAUUGUCUUCACGCGGUGAACCACGUGUUGAAGACCAGGCUCAAGAUCAUUCACCACAAUGCAAAGAUCUCCAGAAGGGACAAUAUUGUUAGCGAAGAGUUCAGAGAUCAAGGGUUGGUUAGGCCUAAAGUGCUCAUUGUAGUUCCUUUCAAGGAGUCUGCAUUAAGGGUUGUAAAAAUGAUCAUUGAAAUUCUAUUACCUGAUGAGAAAGCCAACAUUUUGAACAAAAAACGAUUUUUUGAUGAGUUCUCCGGGAAUGAACUUGUCAUGCCCAAGAAGAAUCCAAAACCUGAAGACUACGAAACUACGUUCACAGGCAACACUGAUGAUACUUUCAGGAUUGGGAUCUCAGUUACCAAGAAGAGUUUGAGGCUGUAUGCAGACUUCUAUUCAGCAGACAUCAUCAUCGCCUCGCCACUUGGGCUGCGUGUUAUUGUCGGUGCUGAAGGGGAGUCGGAGCGAGAUUUCGACUUUUUGGCAUCCAUCGAGGUCUUAAUUUUGGACCAGCUUGAAAUAUUCUUCAUGCAGAACUGGGACCACCUGCUGCACGUGCUGGACCACGUGCACUUGCAGCCGCGCGACUCGCACGGCACGGACUUCUCACGCGUGCGCUCGUGGGCCGUCAACGGCUGGGGCCGCUACUACCGCCAGACGCUGCUGUUCUCCGCGCUGCGUCUCCCGGAGUUCAGCGCGCUGUUCAACAGGAGGUGCCACAACUACGCGGGCAAGGUGCGGGCGGGCACCCCUGCGACUGCUGGCACCGUCUGCCAGGUCAUGGUUCAGCUGCCUCAGGUGUUUCAAAAAUUGGAUGCUAAUUCUGCAGCCCAAGCUAUAGAAGCACGGUUUGAAUAUUUUACGAAGAAAAUACUUCCACAGUACAAGGAUGCAAUCAUGAACCAUGUUUUGAUAUUUGUGCCUUCAUACUUUGAUUAUGUCCGCUUGCGGAACUACUUGAAGCGGGAAGACAUGAGUUUCGUUCAGAUAUGUGAAUACUCCAAGGAAGCAAAGAUUGCCAGAGCACGGGACAUGUUCUUCCAUGAUGAUGCACACUUCCUGUUGUACAGCGAGAGGUUCCACUUUUUCCGACGCCUGCGCAUCAAAGGCAUCCGACACAUUCUGUUCUACCAGCCACCCACGUUCCCACACUUCUACAGCGAGAUGUGCAACCUGAUGCACGAGGCGAACCAGAACUCUUACUCCGGGAGCGACAGCAACAUGACAGUGACGGUGCUGUACACCAAGUAUGACGUGCAGCAGCUGGCGGCCGUGGUCGGCACGGAGCGAGCUGGACGCAUGGUCUUGUCGGACCGCAGCGUACACUUGCUCAUGACGGAGGGCUCCUAGCACAGGUCUGGGAGUGCAUCAACUUGCUGCAAGUCCUCAUGUUCAUACUCAAGUCACAUGUACCGUGAAACCUACUUGGAAAAUCCUUCAGUUAUGAUACUGAAUAAUUAAAGGGUCAUUAUACUGAACUGUUACUAAAUGUUCAAGUGAGUGAGAAAUACUUUAAAGUGAAAUGAGAUUUAUAGUGAAAUGAGAUUCCUCUGUCUAAGGAAGAAAAUAAAAAUGUGAGCAGUUUGUUCAGUACUCGCUAGAGAUGUGCAACACUUAAUCUCGGCAAUGAGAAAAUUUUUGUGUUCUCAUGAAGAGAAUACACUUAUAUAAUAUGAAAUUCGGAUGAAAAAUAUAGCAUAUAAUUCUUUAAAAUAAUGUCCAGUGAGAUAAAUAUACCAAAAAUUGUGUUUUUAA